AUGUUACUAAACUUAUAUAUUUGGAUAAUACUACAAACUACUGCAGCUUAUGGAUAUGGUGAUAAAACAGUGCAGGAGAAAGCAGUUGAUGAAAUGCUUUCGAAAGCGAUGAUUAAUGCACGUCACACUAUUGAAGAGCUUAAACGAAAUCAUGAAUUACUUCCACCACAAGGCAUAAAUGUAAUGGAACAUAUACAAAUGCCAUUCAGAAUAUGGCCAAUACAUACUUCAGUUGAACCAAAUGUUCAGAAAUUAGCCCAUGCUGCACUUAUCUCAAUUGUUGCUACCAAAAAAUAA